UGAGAUGAGAAAGCACAACAGCGCUUCCCGGUUGGGACCUUUUCCUCAUGAUAAACUUUGGCACGGGUGUUUUGGAUUGCUUUGAAUAGAAAUUGUAAUUUGUUUAAAAGAGUUGGGAAACACGGAUGGAGCGCUCACAGUCUGUUUACAAUGAGGGGUCAGGUCUUGGCUCUCUCAGUGACCCCCAGUCCAUGAGGCUUCGCCGGGCUCCAUCUCGCUCGUCCAGUCGAAACUACCCUCACCUCGACCAGAGCUCCGACCUAGACGAAGAAAGCGACGAUGGCUCUACUCCAAACCUGCGCUCCAUCCCUCUGCCAAUGGCCCUCAAGAGAGCAGUGCGUCAGGCGCAUCAGAUACAGACCCCUGUUGCUUCUGGAGAGGAUUCCUGGAAGAAAAAGAAGAAGAAAUUCAUACUGAAAAUCAAAACUGUCGCUAGAGAAAUUCUGUACUUUUUUACUCUGUGGAGAAAAUCUAUGCAGAAAAUUGGAGGUAAUUUUGGAGGUGGAGUCCAGUCCUACUUUCUGUUCUUACGUUUCCUGGUGGUACUGAACUUUGUUUCCUUCUUAUUGAUUGCUGGGUUUGUCAUUAUUCCGAGUAUCAUCUUCAGAUCUGUGGAGGGCCUUCCUAUUAACAGUACAGAUCCAGAGGAAUGCACAAUCUAUGAUCCUAAUCCUCAAGGCUUGGUGGUUUUCUAUACCUACUUUCUGCAUUUUCUCUCAGGAACGGGUUUUAUUGAGUAUACAUACCUCUUCUAUGGCUACUACAACACUACGAUGGUCGAGGGCUCGAACUUUUCCUAUAACAUCCCUCUGGCCUAUCUGUCCACUGCAGCGUUUUACCUGCUCUUCUGCCUCUUCUGCAUCAUCGCACGAAUGGGCACCACAGCUCGUGUUGUUGUGGCGACAGGAGGCAGUACUGAAGGAAGCUACAGCAUGCUCGUGUUCACUGGGUGGGAUUAUGGGUCCAAUGGAAGCCAAGCCACAAAACUCAAACAGCAAAACAUCUACUACAGACUACAGGUGGAUCUUGAAGAGGAGAGGAUAAAGAAGAGGAGUGCCUCUCUCACACAGUGUCAGAAAGUCCUUCUGUUCUCAACUCGUGUUUUUUUGUUCAUUUUGUGUGUUGGUUUCAUUGGAGCAGCCAUAGCAGGAAUCUACUUUGCUACUAACUUCAGUCAGCUAAACUCGAACCAACAAGGGUUCCUGGGGUUAUUUUAUGAGUAUUUACCAUCCAUCGUGAUCACAGGAGCAAAUUUCAUUGUUCCCAUGUUGAAUGACCAGAUUGCUCCAUUUGAAAAAUAUUCUCCCAGCAUCACGAUCAUCCUGGCAUUACUCAGGGCAGUUGUCCUACGGUUGGUCAGUUUGAUUAUUCUUCUCUACACUUUGUGGUCUCAGAUCACAUGUGAAAAAGCAGAAGCAGACUGUAAUCUCUGUGGUUACAAUGUCAAGGCUUAUCAGUGCUGGGAGACCCGUGUGGGACAGGAGAUGUACAAGCUGACACUCUUUGAUCUGAUCAUUAACGUAGCUGUACUUGUGUUAGUGGAGUUUCCACGCAGGAUGGUAGUGGAUAACUGUUCCAAUAAGAUCACUGAGUGGGUGGGGCGACAGGAGUUUGUGGUUCCUUAUAAUGUGCUAGGUCUCGUCUAUGGUCAGACUGUGGUGUGGACUGGAGCUUUUUUCUGCCCUUUGCUUCCCCUAAUCAACACCCUCAAGUUUGUCAUCCUCUUUUACACCAAGAAGAUAACUCUUUUCUAUAACUGCCGACCUGCACUCAAGACGUUCCGCUCCACCUCUUCUAGUUUCUUCUUCUCUGGGAUUCUCCUGCUUGGACUGGGUCUGGCUUCUCUUGUGAUGAUUUACAGUGUUGCUGUGAUUCAGCCUUCUAAGGCAUGUGGACCAUUCCGGUUGAAUAGUACCAUGUGGGACGUGGUUCCUACCUCCAUCAGCCAGCUCUCCCCAACAACUCAAGAAUUCCUCUUCUUCAUCGGCUCCCAGUCCUUCUCCAUCCCGCUGUUUGCCUUGUCCUGUUUGAUUCUGUGUUACAUCGUCGCCUUAGCCACUGUCUACAAGAAAAGCGUUACUUUGUUAAAAGACCAACUUAAACUGGAAGGACAGGAUAAACAAUUCUUGGUCAAACAAAUUGGGAGACUGAGCGGCAAAAUGUGAUUUAAUCUUUGUGAAGAGAACCAUUACAAAACUGUGCUUUCA